AAGCACCUUUCGUGGGUAAGGGUAGAUAGCCAUGGAGUGAAGCAAUGCCCUUUGGAAAACUCCUGGGGCGAGCCGGCCAUCUCUUGUUGUCUCUCUCGUCGUCCACCGCCUGCCUGUCAUCCCCUCCCCUUCCCAUCCCGACACUGGAGUUUCCAUGUCUUCAGCCUUCACGCCGUGGUAGAUUCGAUUUCCAUUUCUUGUAUCUACACGUCACACCUAGACAACACUUCCUACCACAACAUUUCUUCAUUGGUCAUGUUCAGCACAUGCGCUUAACGGGCAUAGCAGCCUACCCGCAUCAGUUCAAGGAGCAGUCACAUUUCUGCACCUACAGCUGCUGGCCGUACGAACCUCGCAAAAACUUCACGUCUUGUGGUAUCAUCGAGUCUAACUCUGCCAGGGGCGCUGCCUAAGUCCGCAGUCGGCAGUUGCAUCUAUUUUUAUUGAUUUUUUGGGCACGUUGCGUAGCUACGUCGCGCGUCCUUCUCGACUACAUUUCGAACAUAGCUUUGGAACCACAAUCCUGAAGCACUUCACGCACUAGUGGCUGAUUACUAGCGAUUGUAUCAUCAGUUCCUUGUCAUCACUUCGAUACCGUAGCCAUAUAAUUGUCGUCUAAUAUGGCGAACCACCAUCCAUCGCCGCAGAUGGCGAUGCAAAUGCAGCAUCAUGGCCCGCCUGCUCCCGCUGGGCCUGCCCAGGGAAGUCAAUGGGCGCCAUCGCGCCACAUGGUAGCCGUUAAUGAAUCACUAUGGAUGCAAAUUGGCAGCUUCUCCGAGUUGCUUGGCAACCUUGAUGAUGCUAUGCAAGCCUACGAGCGUGCCCUCCACGCCAACCCGAACUCGGUCCCAGCCAUGAACGCCAUCAGUCUAAUCCUCCGAACUCGCGAAGAGUUUCACAAGGCAGUCGAGUUCUUGCAAGCAAUCCUAAAAAUAGACGGCCAAAAUGGGGAAGUCUGGGGCAGUCUAGGCCAUUGCUUUCUUAUGAUGGAUGACCUACAGCAGGCGUAUGCUGCAUAUCAGAAUGCACUGAUCAACUUGGCGAACCCCAAGGAGCCAAAAUUGUGGUAUGGCAUAGGUAUACUUUAUGACCGCUACGGCUCUCUUGAUCACGCAGAAGAGGCAUUUUCUCAAGUGAUGCAAAUGCAACCAGAUUUCGAGAAAGCAAACGAAAUCUACUUUAGGCUGGGUAUAAUAUAUAAACAACAAUCCAAAUAUGGACAAAGCUUGGAGUGUUUCAAAUACAUCGUGAAUUCACCGCCUCCUCCAUUGACCGAGGAAGAUAUCUGGUUUCAGAUAGGUCAUGUACACGAACAGCAGAAAGAUUAUGAUAGUGCCAAAGCUGCCUAUGGCCGAGUGCUUGAUCGUGAUCCAAACCAUGCGAAAGUUCUGCAGCAGCUCGGUUGGCUUCAUCACCAACAAAGUAGCUCCUUCCAAACACAGGAGCGAGCUAUCGAAUACCUUGAAAAAUCUGUUGCUGCUGAUAAUGGCGAUGCUCAGAGUUGGUAUCUUCUUGGUCGAUGUUACAUGUCGCAGCAAAAGUACCCCAAGGCAUAUGAAGCUUAUCAACAAGCUGUAUAUCGUGAUGGUCGAAACCCCACUUUCUGGUGUUCCAUCGGUGUUCUGUACUACCAGAUCAAUCAGUACAGAGAUGCACUAGAUGCGUAUUCGCGCGCUAUACGCUUGAACCCAUAUAUUUCAGAAGUCUGGUAUGAUCUCGGUACUUUGUAUGAAUCGUGCAACAACCAAAUCACUGAUGCUCUGGAUGCGUACCAAAGGGCAGCCGAAUUAGACCCUGCCAACCCUCACAUCAAGGCCAGAUUGCAGCUUCUACGUCAAGGCCAAACACCGGGAAGCAACAUUCCCCAGGCAGUGCCAACUGAUGUCCAUCCUCAGUCAUAUGGUGCUCAAGGGCCGCAAGCACCUUCGUGGCCAGGUUCUGGCCCAAUUCAACAAUCUGGACCGGGUGCCUCACAUAGGCCACCACCCGGUCCUGCUGCUGCCAAUGGAUGGGGUCAACGAACCAGCGAUAUCAGUCCCCCACAGCCACCAAAUCCUUAUGAACAGCGGGAGCCGUUUCGGGGACCAGCGCCUCCGUUACCCCGGCAGCCAAGUCCCCGUCCUGAGAUGAGACCUUAUGGAGAGCCUAACCGACCCGGUCCGGCACCAAUUCGAAGAGGCCCCUCACCUGCGCCCUCAUCACAAUAUGGCCCACCACCACUAUCUGGUCCCCCUCAGCAGCCACCCCCGCCAGCUCAAGGCGGUCCAGCCCGAGUUAUCAACUCAAGCUACACUCCAACGCCCGCUAGCAUUGGCCCUGGAAAUGGACCGCCCAAUGGUGCUCAGCCGCACACUCUAAUGCCUUAUAGAGCGGGCUCUCCACGGUCUGAGCAGCAGAGACCAAUGCAUGAUAAUCGUAUGCCGUCUCCCAAGUCGGCUUACCCACAACAUCAACCUCCCUACUCGCACCACCAAGAGCCAGGAAUGGACAAUGGUGGUCCGAUGCCGCCAAAGGGCCCGAUGGGUCCAGAGAUGCAUCGGGAUGACAGGCCACCAUCUGUUGCAAAGAGAAUGCGGGAGUGGGAAGAUGAACCGGCGAUAAAAAAACCUGCCAGUGAUGAAAACAGGUCGCGCAUGCACGAUGUGACCCACAGACGGCCAUCAACUCCACCCCGAGACCCUUACCGCCGGUCUCCCGAGGGUCACCGCUUCGAGGAUCGCCGAAUGGAGGAGCGCCGGGCGGACGAUCAGAGACGGGCGGAAGAGAUGCGACGGGCUGACGACCAAAGACAUGGUAACGAGGGCUACCACCCAUCUGAAGCAGCUCAUCACCCACCAACUCAUUCAAUGCCUCCUAAUCACUUGCCUCCCAUGCAAUCAGGGCCAUCACCUAUGCCUGGCAUCAUGCAUGAGCCUCCACAGCCCAGCCCAGCAUCCAAGGAGUACAGCCAAGAGGACAGGUCAAGGCUAGAGCACCCAUCUGUACCGGCUCCGCUACAAAUGAAUGAGCCUGAGCGUGCUGCUCGUAAGAUGGAUGUUGAUGAAGACUAUGAUGAUAGUGGCGAAGAGGAGAAGAAAGUAGGACCCGGGGGUCCUACAUCUGGUCCUGCGUCAGCAUCGGGAGAAAUGAAGACUACGACACCCACAAGUGCUGGGAUGAACGGUAUAAUGGGCCCAGCCCCUAAGACGGAGACUGCGUAAUAGCGCAGGCUUGGGCAACGGAGGGGAUGUUUAUGGGGUGGCUGAACUGGACUUUUGCGUACAUACCCUUUUCCUUAAUCGAUUCAUCUAUGUAUAAAAGCAAGGUGACUGUUUUGCCUCCCACGAGGUGAUGCAUCCUUGUGGGGAGCAUCAAGCAAUGCCUUGUGAAGUGUUUCUUCACUUUUUUUUUUAGCCCUUACGACUAGCUUGCUCAAAUAUAAACUACAUUCAAAAUCGGCUCAUACUAUUUCCGUGCACACUUAUCUUAAACUUCAAGCAUUGACAGCUGUAACAAGAGACUGAAAACAGAUGAUCAUA